CGACGACCUCCGCAUCGACCCACACACCGGGGAAAUACGCACAAAGGUCAAACUUGACCGCGAAACACGCGACCACUACGCCCUCGUAGCCAUCCCCGCCAGCGGCGACAACGUCCGCGUCGUCGUCAAAGUGCUCGACGAAAACGACAACGCACCCACCUUCCCUACGCCCGUCAUGAACGUUGAGUUCUCAGAAAACACCCCCAGAGACGUUAAGAGGAAACUCAACCCCGCUAAAGAUAGAGAUCUAGGUCUGUACAACACACAGAGGUAUAAUAUCGUGUCGGGCAACACGGACAACGCCUUCAGGCUGUCCUCUCACAGGGAACGCGACGGAGUCCUGUACCUGGACCUCCAGAUUAACGGGUUCCUCGAUAGGGAGACGACGGACCAUUACGAGUUAGUGAUAGAAGCGCUGGACGGAGGCAACCCGCCCUUGAGAGGGACGAUGACUGUAAAUAUCACGAUAUUAGACGUUAACGACAACCCACCGGUUUUCGCGGAGAGCGCCUACUCGGCAAUGAUCCCCGAAAAUGCAACAGUCGGAACGACGGUAUUGAAGGUUUCGGCCACAGAUGCCGAUGCGGGCGAAAACGGCCAGAUAGAGUACUCGAUAAACAGACGUCAGAGCGACAAAGAGAACAUGUUCAAGAUAGACCCCGAGACGGGAGAGAUCACAGUGAACAAGGUUCUCGAUUUUGAGACGAAGGAGCUGCACGAGUUGGUCGUGGUGGCGAGAGACAAGGGCGCUCAGCCACUGGAGACCACAGCCUUCGUGUCCAUCCGCGUGACCGACGUAAAUGAUAACCAACCCACCAUAGACGUAAUUUUCCUAAGUGACGAUGCGACCCCGAAGAUAUCCGAGUCAGCUCAGCUGGACGAGUUCGUGGCUCGGAUAUCGGUUCACGACCCGGAUUCCAAGACGGAGUAUUCGAAUGUGAACGUAACUUUGAGCGGUGGUGACGGACACUUCGAUUUGCGGACGCACGACAACAUAAUCUACUUGGUGGUGGUAGCGUUGCCAUUGGACAGGGAAUCUCAGUCUUCGUACACGUUGAACGUAGUAGCGACGGACAAGGGUUCUCCUCCUUUGCACGCGUCUCGCGAGAUCAGUCUUCGAGUGACGGAUGUGAAUGAUAAUGCUCCGGUGUUCGUAGAGAGUGAAUAUAGGGCGAGCGUGCCUGAGGCGGCGGCCCCGGGCACGCCUGUAGUUCAGGUGUCAGCGACGGACGCUGACGAGGGUGAAAAUUCCGAGAUUCGGUAUUCUUUGCUGCCGACUCCGCAGUCGGAUUGGUUCGCGAUCGACGAGCGUUCGGGGUUAGUGACGACGCGCGCGCGAGUGGAUUGUGAGACGAACCCGAUGCCGGUGCUGACGGUGGUGGCGCGCGACCGCGGCAGCCCGCCGCUGUCGUCCACGGCCACGCUGCUGGUCACCGUGCUGGACGUCAACGACAACGAGCCCAUCUUCGACCAGUCCUUCUACAACGUCACCGUGCCCGAGAGCGAGGCCGUCGGCAACUGCAUUCUAAAGAUGUCAGCCAUCGACCCCGACUGCGGUGUCAACGCGAUAGUCAACUACACCCUGGGAGAGACUGCGGGGAGACCGCAGUUCUCCGUCAAGCCUGAUACAGGAGAGCUUUGCGUCUCCUCUCCGCUUGACCAUGAGACCAACAGCGACUUCGAGUUCCCUGUCAUCGCUACUGAUAGAGGGGGCCUGUUCACGACCGCCAUGGUGAAGAUCCAACUGCUUGAUAUAAACGACAACGCUCCAACCUUCACUGUUAAGGACUACAAGGUUUCUUUGAAAGAGGGAAGGAUCUCGUCUACGGAACCCAUAGUUUCCGUAUCGGCAACUGAUGCAGACUCUGGUAGAUUCGGAACAAUAACAUACAGGAUCAUCAGUGGCAAUGACAAUGAUAUAUUCAGGAUUGACAGAAGUACGGGAGAGAUUCUGGUCACAAAACCUUCCCUUGUACAAGCAAAUUCGAAAUACGACUUGGAGAUUUCGGCGACUGAUGGAGGUGGACUGUCGGCUUCCCAAGGAGCUACGGUCCAUGUCAACGUGGUGCCAGCAGGAGUGGGUUCAGCACUCUUCGACAAACCCAGAUACAAUUUUCGGGUCAGAGAAGAUGUUCGGGCUGGAACUGUCGUCGGGAAUUUGAAGGCCACCGUUGGUGAUCGGGGUAAACAACCAGUCCGCUACAGCAUCGUAUCUGGUGACGUGGACCAUCGGUUCACCAUCGACGCUGCGACCGGCACCAUCAGGACCACGGGCCAGCUGGAUAGGGAGGUGACGUCAUCAUACCUGCUGAAUGUGAAGGCUACCAAUGGGAACUCGGCCAGUUAUGAUCAGACCCAAGUCCAAAUCACGCUUGAAGAUGUGAACGACAACGCACCAGAAUUCGGCACAUCAUCAGUAAAGGUGUCGGUUGCGGAGUCAGCCAGCAUUGGUUCCGUGGUCUACGCAGCCAGGGCCACUGAUGAGGAUGAAGGCAAGAACGGAGUGGUGACGUACAGUCUGGUAUCUGCUACUGGACCACCGAACACGUUUGCUGUGAAUCCGCAGCAUGGGCUGGUCACUUUAUUGAGGCCUUUGGACUACGAGAACCAAGUCAAGCACACUCUGAUAAUAUCAGCAAAGGACGGUGGCUCUCCACCUCUAAGCGCCAACCUGACCCUGGUGGUAGAUGUACAAGAUGUCAACGAUAAUCCUCCAAUCUUCGAACAUGAUGCUUAUAGCGCUAGCGUUCUGGAAUCCGAAGCUGUUAACACUAAGAUCUUAGAAAUCCAGGCCGUAGAUAAAGAUACGGGGAACAACGCGCGUAUAACCUACCGCAUAGUAUCAGAUGGAAAUGCGACCAAUGAAGAUUAUUUCAAAGUACAGCCGGCUACGGGCUGGGUGUACCUCGCCAAACCACUCGAUAGAGAAACAACGGCCAGACACAAAAUGACCAUAACAGCCACUGAUAAUGGUCUACCCCCGCUCUCAGCAUCAGCUAGCCUCGUUGUAAACGUACUAGAUGCGAACGAUAACGACCCACUUUUCUCCAAGCCCGCAUAUGAAUUUCAUGUCGAAGAAAACCAGAAAGCCGGCGCUUUCGUUGGGAAAAUAUCGGCAACAGACGCGGAUUUAGGAGAAAACGCCAUCGUGAGAUACAGCCUCUUCCCAUCCAACACGAGCUUCAAUGUAAACCCUGUAUCUGGCGUCAUUACAACGAAGGAAGUUUUGGACCGUGAAUUUAAAUCUUCGUAUUCUUUGUUCGCUGAGGCGCGGGACCAGGGUGGGCUGCCUAGGUCCAGCCGCGUGCCUGUUCUGAUACAAGUGACUGAUGUGAACGACAACUCGCCAGAAAUAAUAGAUCCUCGUGAAGAUGUGGUCAGUGUGAGAGAGGAACAGCAACCUGGAGCGGAGGUGGCAAGAGUCAAGGCUAUUGAUAGAGAUAACGGAAUAAAUGCAUCGGUCACUUAUUCCAUUUUGAAUGAGAGAGACAUAGACGGGUUCGGAGUUUUUGUUAUUGACGCCAACACAGGUGUUAUCAAAACUAGCACAGUCCUAGAUCACGAAGAACGAUCUAUCUACCGCCUGACAGUAGCUGCCACUGAUGGAGGGAAACCACCAAGACAAACCGUUAGACAACUGAAAGUGGAGGUUUUAGACUUGAACGACAAUAGACCAACAUUCACUAGCUCCAGCUUGUCUUUCAAAGUCAAGGAAAACGCUGAAAUUGGCCACGUAGUCGGUACAGUCGCAUGCUGUGAUAGCGAUGUUCAAGAUAAUCUGAUAAAUGGGGACGAAGAAAAACAGAUUUCUUAUCUUUUGAUGCCAUUGACCACAGACCACCAGCAUGGCACUUUCGAGAUAGACAGACGCACUGGCUCUUUAGUUGUAGCGAGACAAUUAGACAGGGAAAUACAAGAUGAAUAUAGGUUAGAAGUGAGAGCAUUGGACACUUCGGCUACGAACAAUCCCCAAAGCAGCGCUGUCACUGUAAGGAUAGAAAUCGUCGAUGUGAAUGAUAACGCGCCGCAAUGGCCUCAAGAUCCAAUCAACAUUGAAAUAUCUGAAAUCACCCCCAUUGGAAUGACUGUUUACAAUUUCACCGCUAAAGAUGCGGACUCGGGCCCAAAUGGAGAGUUAAAUUUUCACGUCGUCUCUUCUUUGCCGUCAACCAAAAAUGUUUUCAACUUGGAUCCUUUGACUGGCUCACUUACGCUGACAUCGCCUCUUGAUUAUGAAACGUUGAAAGAGUAUUGGCUAAUAAUUGAAGCUACUGAUCUGGCUACGAAUAUAUCUGAGCGAAUGGCCACAUCAGCUACAGUUCAUAUUUCUGUCCUAGACGCAAAUGAUAAUGUUCCUACUUUUGUAUCAGCGUCGAAAGUAACAGUCUCAUUGAGCACUUUAUCAGGUUCGCUAUAUCAAGCAUUAGCGGUCGAUGAAGAUUCUGGAGAUAAUGGAAAAAUAUCGUACUACAUAUCGGGUGGAAAUGAGCACGGCUACUUUUCUAUGGAGUACGAGGUUGGCAAAUUGACUUCAUCAAAGAAAUACUCGUCUGAUAUAGCGAGAGUUCGACCUGGGCAAUACAAAUUGAACCUUACAGCCUCAGAUCAUGGGGUUCCUUUUCCAAGACAGAGCCACAUGCUUUUAUUCCUGAACCUGCAGGAGUCGACUAAUGUGCCACCUAGAUUUACCGAUUCUUUUUACCGUGCAAACAUAAGUGAAGACAUUCGUCCCGGUAGUUUUGUUACCAGGUUAAAUGCAAAGUCUUCGAGAGGAAAUACUGGUAAUUUAACUUACGUAAUCCCACAAGGAGUAGCUGACGACAAAUUCAUCAUUGACCCUCGCCUAGGAACAAUUACAGUAAAAACUAAAAUCGACAGAGAAGAAAGAGACUACUACGUGUUCCCUGUUUAUGUCACCGACUCUAGUACAUUUCAGUCUACAACCAACUUCGAUGUCGCGACUGUGUCAAUCAGCGUCAUGGAUGUCAACGAUAACCCACCGAGCUUCAAGCCAGGAUCUUGUUACCCAUUGUCCGUUCCAGAAAAUAAUGACCCAGAGGUUAUUCAUACUGUCGCAGCAAUGGAUAAAGAUAUCGGUGCAAACGGAGUUAUCACAUACAGCAUUACAUCUGGCAAUAAUGGGAACAAGUUUUCAAUAGAUUCAACUACUGGAAAGCUAACAGCUAAGACGCUAGAUCGCGAAACUCAGUCCAAAUAUCAUCUAACAAUUACGGCGUUUGACCAUGGAUCGCCCGUGGCUUUGCAAGGGUCCUGCAAUAUCACCGUUAUGGUGGAAGACCAAAAUGACAACGACCCCGUAUUUGACACUGGACAUUAUUCAGCUGCCAUACCAGAAGACGCCCCAAUCGACACCUCUGUUAUAAAAGUAAGAGCCACUGACGCCGAUUUGGGAUUCAACAAACGUAUCGUUUAUUCAUUGGCAAACGAAAGCCAGGGAUUGUUUCGAAUUGAUAAUAAAACUGGUAUCGUUUUUACCACUGGAUACUUUGAUAGAGAAAAAAUAAGCGCAUACCAUUUUGAAGCAGUGGCGACUGAUGAGGGGCGCUAUAUUGCUCGGUCUCAAAGGGUUUCUGUAGAAAUCACCAUAAAAGACGUGAAUGACAACAAACCUAUAUUUACAAAAUACCCAUUCAGAGAGCAAAUUGCUACUUUGACUCCUCCCGGACAAAGUUUAUUGUGUGUCUCGGCCACUGAUAAUGACAUAGGAACUAAUGCAGAAAUACUUUACGAGCUUAUGGAUUCUUCGAAUCAUAAAUUUCGCAUAAAUCCAACCACAGGACUUUUAACAGCGACACAAAGCUUGGCCAGUGAAAAUGGAAAACUUAUUCAUCUAAAAGUUAUUGCCAAAGAUAAAGGAAAUCCUCCGCAAAGUUCAGUCGGACUGAUAGAAAUUCGGGUUGGCGAUUUCUCCGAUCAGACCCCUACUUUGAAUUUCCAGAAUGCUACGUAUAAUGUUACUAUUGAGGAAAACAUGCCCAAUGGCAAGGACGUCCUCCAAGUCACAGCUGUAAGGAGUGACGGGCGCCGCCAAAAAAUAUUUUACGAAAUCGGCAAUGGAAACGAUCAAUACGCUUUCGAGAUAGACCCUAACUCAGGCGUUAUAAGGGUGAAUAAUUCGGCAAAUUUGGAUUACGAGUCUUACCCGGGACCGAAGAGGCAGCUCGUUGUGGUCGCCCGAACGGAGGGCUCGCCAGUCUUAUACGGUUAUUGCGACGUAACAAUAAAUCUGUUAGACCAAAACGACCACGCUCCUAGAUUUACGCAGCAGCAAUACAUAGCGAACGUUUUGGAAGGCAACACUAAGGGCGAGUUUGUCGUGCAGCUCGCGGCCAAGGAUGGCGACCGGGGAGUGAACGCGCGCAUCCUAUACCAUAUAGUAGACGGGAACCACGAUAACGCCUUUAUUAUAGAACCGGCGUUCUCCGGAUCGGUCAAGACGAACAUAGUGUUGGAUCGCGAGAUACGCGAGACGUAUAAAUUGACAGUUAUUGCCACAGACGAGGGAGACCCGCAAAUGACCGGCACUGCUACCCUCCGGAUCAAUGUCGUCGACGUAAACGACAAUCAACCGACAUUCCCACCACCGAAUCUCAUCUCCGUAUCGGAAGGAGCGGAAGUUGGCACAGUGCUCACAUCUGUUACGGCGAAUGACGUGGACACAUAUCCGCCUCUCAAAUACGCCAUAUUGCAGGAGGAUAACAGAUUCUCUAUAGACAGAUACAGUGGCAAAGUAGUCCUGAAUAAACCGUUGGAUUACGAAACGCAGAUCAUGUAUGAAAUAAACAUAACCGCCUCUGACAGUGAACAUAUCGCACGGACUACGCUUACAAUAAAAGUGAUGGAUGUAAACGACAACGCUCCUAUAUUUGAUGACAUCUCUUACAAUAGGAUUUUGCCUGAAGGCAGUGGUACAUUGGAGAUUGGUUCAGUGAAAGCAAAGGAUAAGGACAGUGGAGACAAUGGCAGAAUAUCUUAUUCGAUUCUCCGUGCGACCAAGGGGUAUUACAUUGACGCUGUGACUGGGGCAAUAUUCGUGAACUACAGUGCAUUGCCGGCAAACGAACGAGAUACGCAGUUGGCUGUUGUAGCGACUGAUCAUGGGAAGCCAAAUAAGAGUGCAGUGGCAUCCGUCAGGAUAAGCACCGGGGCAUCUUCAGAGAUCAAACCUUUCAUAGGACAAGACACGUACAGGAUCACAGUCAACGAGGACACGGAAAAGGGGUCCACGCUGCUUCAAAUCGGCGGUAUCAACGAUGUUUUGAAGAAGUACAAUCUGGAUUUUCACAUCAUAUCUGGGAAUGAAGGGGACUCCUUUGAUGUCAACGGCGAAGGAGCUCUAAUACUAAUUGCCAGACUGGAUCGAGAAACACAGGAUACUUACGUUCUUGGUCUAGCUGCUGUUGAAGAAGGAAAAAUACUCUCGUACAACCAAAACAAGACAUCCAUCACCAUAUUUGUAACAGUCGCUGAUUCCAAUGACAACGCACCAAUAUUUGCAACAAAUGAAUUCGAAUUGACCGUAAGCGAAGAUGUGAAAAUCGGCUAUACAAUCACACAACUUUCAGCAACUGAUGCUGAUCUGUAUGGAACCCCUAACGCGGCUAUCAGGUACAACAUCACGUCAGGAGAUGACGAAAAACUGUUCUUCAUUCAUCCAACGACUGGAAUAUUGAGCGUUAACAAAUCUUUAGAUUAUGAUACCGGUAACACAGAUUACAAACUUAUUAUAGUUGCCUGUGAUCAGGGAGAACCUUCUUUGUGUAAUGCCGCUUAUAUCAAAAUUGGUAUCAUUGAUGAGAACGAUAAUACUCCAACGUUCCCAGUGAAUGAGUACUUUGAAACCAUCGGUGAAAAUGAAAGAGUUGGAACGUCUGUCUUUACGGCAAGAGCCACGGAUCUUGACAGAGGACGAUAUGGAAAACUCAACUAUUCUAUUGUGCCUGCCUCGACGAAUUACAACAGAAACGAUGAUUCGUGGAAAAUGUUCCUAAUUGAUGCUACAUCGGGACUAGUCAACACAAACGCUGUUUUUGAUUAUGAACAAAAGAACAAGUAUGAAUUCUCUAUCAAGGCUUCGGAUCUUGGCGGGAAAAGUUCUACUGUCAAAGUCCGGAUCGAUAUAGAGAGUCGAGACGAAUUUUAUCCGCAAUUCACUCAAAAGACGUAUAACUUCGGCAUUCCUAAAUCUGGACCUCUUCCUGCAGGAUAUGUCAUUGGUCAAGCCACAGCCACUGACAGAGAUAAGGGCAUUGACGGAAGAAUAGUAUACCAGCUCUCUACGUCGCAUUCAUACUUCAAAAUAAAUCGAACAACUGGUGUAAUUAUCUUGAAGAAGAAAGUGGAAUCUUUAUCUAAUCUUUUUGGUUCUGAUAAAUCAAUAAGUCUAGUAGUCACUGCGAGUUCCGGACGACAAGGUUCACUUACUAACAAAACAGCUGUAGAGAUAUUACUGGACCAUGAAGCAGUAGUCUUAGAUUCAAAUAUCAUAAACGACGCAUCCGCUGCUCCCAGCGGUGGACUCUCCGAUUGGGCAUUAGGUCUACUGAUCGCAUUUAUAUUUAUUAUAAUUAUAUUCGCAGCGGCAUUCCUAUUUCUUCACAUGAAAAAUAAGAGGCACAAAAAAGUAAACAAACCUGGAUUAAACUCUGAAGGGGUAGGUGCAACAAAUAGUUACGUUGACCCAAGUGCGUUUGACACUAUCCCUAUUAGAAAUACCGGAGCAGUUAGCUCUGGGAAUCAAUUUGCUCCACCCAAGUAUGACGAAAUCCCACCAUACGGACCACAUACGGCUAGUUCCAACUCAGGAGCAGCAACAACCUCAGAACUAUCUGGUUCAGAUCAGUCUGGUUCCAGUGGUAGAGGAUCUGCAGAGGACGGCGAAGAUGGUGAAGAUGAAGAGAUAAGAAUGAUCAAUGAGGGUCCACUCCAGAGGGAAGGUAUUCACAGACAAGCGAAUGGAGUAGAUGAUGAUAAUUUAUCAGACGUCUCGGUUCAUAAUACUCAAGAAUAUUUAGCGAGACUUGGAAUAGUAGAUACUGGCACUGGUGGUGGAGCAUCUACGUCUUCCAGGAGAUGUUCUGAAAAUGUUGGUAAUAAAGACACCAUGUUACAUCAUGGCCCUAUUGACUCUAUGCACAUGUUUGAUGAAGAUGGUGGCCACGAGAAUGAUAUAACAAAUCUUAUCUAUGCUAAACUCAAUGAAGUGACAGGCAGUGAAAGAGCAAGCAGCGCUGACGAAGCCAGUGCAGCAGUCGAUAGAGCAAUGGCUUUAGGCGCCUUCUCAAGUGCGCCUGGAGAUAAUAAUGCUGUACCAACUGCAGGCCCAUCAAUGACGGGCAGUCUCAGCUCAAUAGUUCAUUCAGAAGAAGAACUCACCGGCAGUUACAACUGGGAUUACUUACUCGACUGGGGACCACAGUAUCAACCUCUAGCACACGUGUUUUCAGAAAUAGCUCGGUUAAAGGACGACGCAGUGUCCCUUCAAAGUGGUAAUAGUGGUGCGUCUAGCGCUAAGAGCAAAGGGACAUCAAUAUCUGGCGGCAAGAGUGUUCCGCCGCCAUUAUUGACGACUGUAGCACCAAGGAGUUGUCCCGCUCCGUCGUUGUCUUGUAGACAACCUCAACAUUUAUUACCUAGGUCCCCCAUAAGUCAUGAUGUGCCUGGAGGUUUCUCAGCCGCAGCUGCUAUGUCGCCAUCAUUCUCGCCAUCUCUCUCGCCUUUAGCGACGAGAUCCCCUUCUAUGUCACCUUUAGUAGGUCCUGGUCUACCUCCAGCCCCCGGCAGUAGGAAACCUCCACACUCUACUAUGAGAAUAUAAAAUUUGUAUUAUUUUCUAGGUUAUUGUACAUAUUGUGUGUAACGACUGUUCAAAUUAAGUAUUGGUAGUAAUAUUUAUUGAUUACCGAUGUGAUCGGAUUAGUUUUUCUAAUAUCAUUUUGUGCAUUCACAAAUGGACUGCCUGAACUAUGCUCAAAGUGAUGUACUAAGCGCUUAUACCGAUUUUACGGUAGUGUAAAUAGUCUUCAUUCGGGUUGUAUUAUUAACUGUAAAUAUUAGUCUGUAUAUUUUAGUGCCUUGUAAAAUAUUUAAAUGAAGACUGCCAUGUUAUUUUAUGUUAUUAUAAAACAAACGAAUCAGCUUUACGUUAAGCUAUAAGUAUACUUUUAGAUAUUGCAAUUUUUGAUAAGAUUUAUUGAAACAUAUUUUACUAAAUGCAGUCACAAAUUUGUUGUACGUCAACUAUUAGAUCGUUAACUGUAAGUGGAACUAUUGUGCCUUUUGUGAUUUCUGGAAAAUCAUCAACAUAUUUAGUAUCAUUUAUAAUACUGUGAUUUUCGUCUAAGUAUCGAAAACGCCUGUAAUCUGUUCACGAUUGACACUUGCCAACUUUAUUCAUUAUAUUUUUUAUAAAGUGAUAUUUCUCCGUGUCAAUUAUUUGAACAGUAGUUAAAUAUUGUAAAUAAUCCCUGUCCAUAUUUAGUUUUAAGUUCGACUGUCCGUGGAGAAUGUAAGCGAAAAUAAAUAAAAUAUGUAAAAUUUUA